UUCUAACUAGUCACAUUCCAGUGUGGGAAGACCACAGGAAAGAGACAGGUGAAGAGAGAAACAAAGAGACAUGGAAUGAGAAAGGGAGAAAGGCGUGAGCUCAGGAGGAGGAAGAAAAAACUGGGAAGGAAAACAUAAUCACGACAAUAAGGCGACCAUGGCGGUUCAACACUACUGGUUGCUGCUGCUUUUGGUCGAAUGGAUUACAGGUGUUGUGAGUAGCAUCAGUCCCUAUAUAAAACAUUAUGAAGGCUUGUCAUACGACACAGAGGACCUUCACAGGAAGCACAUGAGAGCCAGGAGAGCCAUUCAACCCCAUGAAUAUUCACUGCAUUUGGAUUUUACUGCUUUUCACAGAACUUUCCGUCUUCUCUUAAGACAAGAUGCAGCGGUGUUUUCGGAAAAAUUCAAGGUGAUCAGUGAAAACGGUUCCAUGUCACCUGACCUCUCCCACAUAUACACAGGAACUCUGGAGGGUGAACCGAGUUCAGCCUGCCAUGGCUCUCUGUUACAGGGUCUGUUUGAGGGAACCAUCCAUACAGACAAUGGGACUUAUCACAUAGAGCCGGUCCAUAGAUACAUGAGCAACACAACAGAUUAUCACUCGAUAAUCUACCAUGAGGAUGAUAUGGUCCUGCCAUACAUGACAUCAGGCCCUGAUGGGUUCUGUGGCGCAGAACAUCUGAACGUCCUCACCCAGAGCCUCAAACUCAAUCAGGAAGCACCGGUGAGCCGGUCAAGGAGAACAGUUGACGAGACAAAGACCAGCUGCCUGCUGCACCUCCAUGCUGACCACUUCUACUACAAGAGGUUUAAGUCUGUUGAAGCUGUUGUAGCUCAGGUUGCCGUUUACAUUACGGCUGUGAAUGACAUCUACGACAAGGUGGACUUUGAUGGAAUCAAGCUGAUCAACUUCAAAGUCAAAUCCCUUACAGUGAUAACGGAGGAGGAUAAAAACGAUCCUCUGCAUCAUCUGUACAUCGGCCCUGAGAAGCUGCUGAGUUUGUACUCUGAGAACGACUGGGGCAACUUCUGCCUGUCCUACCUGCUCACUAACCGGGACUACAGCGGGGUGCUGGGACUCGCCUGGGAAGGAAAGGCUGGUGACUGGGGAGGAAUAUGUUCACAGCAAACCAUCCUCCGUAAUGGCCAGAGCUCCUCCCUGAACACAGGUCUGGUCACAAUUCAGAACUAUGGACAGUUUUUGCCUUCUCGACACAUCCAGCUGACCCUGGCGCAUGAGUUGGGCCACAGCCUGGGAUCUCCGCAUGACGAGGGCUCUAACUGCGGGAACCUUGGCUCUAGUGGCGGCAAAGGCAGGUACCUGAUGUUUCCACAUGCCACAGAUGAGGUUCGCGAAAACAACGACAAAUUCUCACCCUGCAGCGUCGAACACAUCAGCAAGAUGCUGAAGCUGAAGAAGGAUGACUGCUUUGUGGUCAGCGAUCAGCCCAUCUGUGGAAACCAGAUUGUGGAGGAAGGUGAGGAGUGUGAUGUCGGCCACAAUGACACAGACCUCUGCUGCUACAGCGCUAAAGAGCCCGUAGGAGUCCAGUGUCGCCUCAAGCCUGGUAAAGUCUGCAGUCCAAGUCAGGGCCUGUGUUGUGGUCAGGACUGCGGGUUCAAGCCGGCGGGUAGCAUGUGUGACGAGGAGACAGACUGUCAGAAAGAGAGCGUGUGUUCAGGCCUCUCCCCGCUCUGCCCCGAGCCGAAUGCCAAGGAAAACCUCACGGUCUGCAGCCAGGGCACGCGAGUCUGCCUGAAUGGGGUCUGUGCUGAGUCCGUGUGUGUGAAGCACCGUCUGCAGCAGUGUGACUGUCCAGGAGCCUCCAGGGAAGAGAAAUGCCACAUGUGCUGCCAGCAGCCUGAUAAGCCUGAGACGUGUGCCAGCACCACCUCGUCUGUACUGUCUCGUCACUUCCAGAGAAAACCGUUGCCCCUAGUAGGGGGUGCCCCGUGCUCUGGGAACCGAGGAUACUGCGACAAAUUCCAUGUGUGUCGCAUCCUGGAUGCAGACGGCCCCAUUGCCAGACUGAAGAAUUCGUUUUUGAAUCUGGAUGAGUUUGACGACUUGGCAGAGUGGAUGAAGGCUCAUUGGUGGGCCAUCCUGCUGGCCAUCCUGACGCUGUCUGGAGUUAUGGGCUGCACCGUCUGCCUCUGCAGCCGUACUCUGAACACCCGUGACUUGGAGUGACCUGUGUUGUCAUGACGACAUAUACAUUGAUUUUAUAUAUCUGAAACGCGUCAAGACCACAUUGACGAGAGUCCUUCUGCCAUAUUUCUUCCAAAUUAAAACCGUUCUGCAGGUGACCGGUGAAAACAUUUGCUCACACUUGUUGUUGACUGAUACCUCUGUAGGUCAUCAUGCAUCUGCCAUUACUUGUCAUUACAGAGUUCUCACUUUAUAUUUACAGGAGCGACAGCAAGGGUCUCCUGGCGUGCAUGUGUUGUGGAAAAUUUUACUGUUGCUGCCCACUGUGGGCAGAUCCCUACUUAGAGGAGCCACAUACUGUUGCAGUACACUUACAGUCAUUCAAAGCCACCCUUAUCCUUGCUGUGUCCUUGUUAUUGCUGUUUUUGAACUUGUGUGCUAAUGUACUGAGCAUAUUUCACAAUAUUAAUUUCUUCCUUCAUGAGAAUCACAACAGUGAAACACUGUUAUCACAGGAGGAUAGACAACAACUGUAAACUGGUGAUCACUUGAAUGACCUUUGGAGGGAGCACUGGUGUUUACAAGGAGUACAGUAAUUGCCAGUGGUUACAAGCACACAUUAUUUAAUUACAUGUACUAUAUGUACAGUGAAUGUAAUUAUGUGGAAUUUUCUUUGACUAGUUCUACUUUUUUUCUAUUUAUCUGAGAACUUUAGCUACAUGCAACUACAGAUUACUAUUACAAAUACAUAUUACGCACGUUCGUAGAGAUUAAGGCAGUGGCUUCCCACCUUUUAUACAAAGUGUGUCAAAUCUACAGCUGCCUGUUUACACUGUAAACAGAAGUAUCCUUAUUCGGUCCAUCUCUGGGGUUACCUUGACACAGUCAACCAAAGACACUGGCGUCACAACUGCAAGGACGUGAAGAAACACCACCACAUAUUUUGGAUUAUUGAACAAUACUUUCCACUUGUAUAUCAAAAACAUCUAUGUGGGAGUUUAUGUUGUUAAAACCCUUUGGCUCAAACACGCAGUUAAUAAUAAAUGACAACUG